AUGGCCGAUGCAUCCAAGGAGACGAGUGCCCCAGCUGAUGCUACCUACACCCUGACGAUUGUCCUGCCUCAUGAGCCCGGCAAAUUGGAAAUUACGGUUUCACCCCAAGAGCAGGUCCACGAGGUCCGCCAGGCCAUCAUCGAGUUCCCGAUAGCCCUGCAGUACUCCUGCUUCCACCUCGAGCACAAUGGCGAGCGAAUCAACGACUUCAUCCCCGUGUCGGAAAUCAAGGACAUUGGCGCCGGCUCCGAGCUGCGCCUGGUCGAGGACCCUUACACCGAGAAAGAAGCAAGGCUACACAUGGUCAGGGUGCGGGAGCUUAUCGGCGCAUCAGGAGACCGCACCGAUGCGAUACAGGGCAUCCUUCCUGGACUGUCCUUAUUCGAGAAGGUUGCUGCCGAGUGUGGGGAUGUGUUGGACAAGACAAACCAGGAGCAGACGGCGAUUGGGGAAUAUGAUUUCAACACCGUACCCUCGCUCUCUGCCCUGCUUCCCGCAGAACAAGAUCCGGCGCCCAAGACCGUGAAGGCCAUCUCUGUCUCGCCAUGGAACCCUCCGCCCGCACACCUCCGCCAGAAGGGCCACCUGCUCUACCUGGUCGUGACAACCAACGAGGGCGAGCAGUUCCAGAUCACCGCGCACGUUGGAGGAUUUUACGUCAACAAGUCUUCGAACGCCAAGUUCGAUCCCUUCCCCCGCCAGGCUCCCAAAGGCGCCUCUGCUCACUCCCUCUUGACCCUGCUCGGGGAGAUCUCGCCCUCGUUCAACGAGUCCUUUGCACAGCUUCAGGAGUACAGCAACCGCCGAGAACCUCUGGCAACUUUCCAGAUCGCUAACACCAUUCCUGCCGCACCAUGGGUUGUCCCAUCCAUGUCCUCUCCGGCCUGCGCCCACAGCCCCGAUGCUACCCGCACACAGGAGACCUUCCUCAUUGCUGGUAUCGAGGGCACUGACACCCUGCGCGACUGGAACGAGGAAUUCCAGUCUGCUAAGGAGCUGCCCAAGGAGAACAUGCAGGAUCGCGUUUUCAGGGAGCGUCUGUUGGCGAAGCUCUAUGCCGACUACACCGAGGCCGCGGCCAGGGCGGCUGUGAUGGUGGCUCGUGGCGAGGUUGCGCCUCUUAACCCUACCGAAGGACCCGAUGCCCAAAUCUUCGUGUACAACAACGUAUUUUUCUCCUUUGGCGCUGAUGGUGUCGGCACGUUCACCUCGGAAGGCGGUGACGAGGCAGCGCGAGUGGCCACGGGUAAGGACGUCCUCGGUGUGAGAACAGUGAACCAGUUGGAUAUCGAGGGUCUGCACACACCCGGCACUGUGGUCGUGGACUACCUUGGAAAGCGCAUUGUUGGACAGAGCAUUGUCCCGGGCAUCUUCAAGCAGAGGGAGCCUGGUGAGAACCAGAUCGACUACGGUGCUGUGGAUGGUAAGGAGGUCGUCGCCGCCAACGAGAAGUUCGCCGCGCCUUUCAAGAAGCUCUCUCAGGCGAUGAAGGUCAAGAGUCAUGCCGUAUGGGAUAAGGACGGCAAGCGCUUUGACCUGGAGGCCAGCGUUGAGACCAAGGGUCUUCUGGGAACCGAUGGUCGGAAAUACGUGCUGGACCUCUACCGGAUCACCCCACUGGAUGCCAUCUGGCUCGACGAGAUGGCCGCUGAGGAGACCAAUGACUACCCGCACCGGAUGACUAUGCUGCGGGGUGAACUUGUUGAGCUCUUCCACCGGCAAAAGAUGCGAGAGUGGCUGAACGCGGAGAUUGCCAAGCGUGCAGAGGCCAAGAAGGACGACAAGGCAUCAUCAGAAGAGUCGAAGGAGAAGCCUGCAGUCGAGGCCUCGCAGGAGGAGACGGAGAAGACUGAAGAGAAGGCUGAAGAGGAGAAGGCUGAUGGCGAGGUUGUCAAGAAGGAGGAGGCUGACAAGGACGAUCGGAUUGAUGCCAGCGACUUCAAGUUUGCCCUAAACCCAGAUGUGUUUAGUGGCCAGGUCCCACAAACCGAUGCUGAGAAGGAGGAGAUGGCAGCUGAUGAGCAAGAAGUUCGUGCUGCGUGCGCCUUCCUCCGAGAGUCAGCCAUACCAGAGCUCCUCAACGACCUGAGGGACUCUGACGCCAGCUUCCCCAUGGACGGUGCCUCGCUGCGCAACCUGCUCCACAAGCGUGGUAUAAAUAUGCGAUACCUGGGUAAGAUCGCAACCCUGAGCGAGGGAUCGCGGCUGCAGAGCAUGCGGGACAUCUGCGUUCGGGACAUGGUCGUGCGGUCCUUCAAGCACAUCGCCUCCAAGUACCUGAAGUACCUGCCCUUGCCUCUGACCUCGCCCUGCAUCUCUCACCUCCUCAACUGCUUCCUCGGUAGCGGCCUGAACCCCAAGCCAACUGCCGAGAUCGACCAGUCGCUCCGCUCCCUCUACAGCGAUGCCGACUUGGCCUUUGAGAGUGUCACGCCUGAGAGCCUGAGGACAGCCAUCGAGAGCGAGACCCACCAGCGGUUCAGGUACAAGCUUGAGCCCGAGUGGCAGACUCAGCUCAGCAACGUGCAAGUGCUGCGCGAGGUGUGCCUGAAGCUCGGUCUUCAGGUGCAAUACAAGGAGUACGCCUUCACAGCGGUAGCGGCAGCAGCAGCUCCAGCUCCAGCGCCGCCCGCAGCUGAGGCCCCUGUUGUGAAUGGCAACGGCGAGAGCAAGAAGAAGAAGAAGAAGUCCCGUGAUGGCUCUCCUGCUUCUGCCAACUCCACCACGGCACCUCAUACUUUCACUGUUGAUGACAUUGUCAACAUUGUGCCCAUUGUCAAGGACUCUGCACCCCGCAGCUCUGUGGCAGAUGAGGCCCUGGAGGCUGGCAGGAUUUCCAUUGCACAGAACCAGCGCAAGCUGGGCCAGGAGCUCCUGCUCGAGUCCCUGUCUCUCCACGAGCAGAUCCACGGCAUCCUGCACCCAGAGGUGGCACGCAUCUACCACCAGCUCUCCAUGAUCUACUUCCAGAUCGACGAGAAGGAGGCUGCCGUUGAGCUCGCGCGCAAGGCCAUCCUCGUUGCGGAGCGCACCAUUGGUGUUGAUUCGCAGGAGACCCUACUGGACUACCUCAACCUCAGUCUGUUCCUGCACCAGCUCGGCGACAGCCGCACAGCGUUGGAGUAUUCAAAGUACGCGCUCAAGCUGUGGAGGACAAUCUACGGGCCCGACCACCCAGACACCAUCACUACGAUCAACAACGCCGCCGUGAUGCUGCAGCACCUCAAGGCCUACCACGAGUCGCGCCGCUGGUUUGAGGAGUCCCUGCGCAUCUGCGACAAGAUCUUCGGCAAGCAGAGCAUCAACUCGGCUACACUGCAGUUCCAGCUCGCACAGGCCCUCGCCCUUGACAAUGAUUCCAAGGGCGCCGUCGUCCGCAUGCGCGAGUCCUUCAACAUCUUCCUGCAGGAGCUCGGCCCCAACGACAAGAACACCAAGGAGGCUGAGUCCUGGCUCGAGCAGCUCACUCAGAACGCCGUGUCCAUCGCCAAGCACAACAAGGAUCAGGAGGCACGCAGGCUGCGCGCCGGCAUCCGCUUCACGCCCCGAGGUCUGCCCUCGCGCGGCGGUGUCGCUGCCACCGCUACCGGUGCUGGUGCCUCAUCCUCCGCCACGGCUGCCUCGCACGAGGUCGAGAAGAAGCCGGCUCUGGACUCGCGCAGCAUCGACGAGCUUAUCAAAUUCAUCGAGGGUACCGACAAGAAGAGCAAGAGCAGCAGCAGCAGCAGCAAGAAGACCGGCAGCAAGAAUCCCAAGAGGCGCGGAAAUGGACAGCAGGUCUCGUCCCAGGCUUAG